ACUUUAGCAUGUUCUUCUUCUAUAUUUAUCGCCCACCGCUCCACUUUCUUCAAAAAUAUGCAAAACAGAGAGACAUAAGCUCCUCCUCGGUCAUGGCGGUGCUUCCUUCUGCUGUUGCUUUCCUCCUCCUCGUUUCCUUCUCACUGACUGUAAAUAUUGCAAACUCGCAAUCAUUUAUCGGUGUAAACUACGGCCAAGUUGCUGACAACCUUCCACCACCAUCAGCCACCGCAAAGCUUCUCCAAUCCACUUCAAUCCAAAAGGUUCGAUUAUAUGGAUCGGACCCGGCCAUAAUCAAAGCCUUAGCCAACACCGGAAUUGGAAUAGUUAUCGGCACUGCAAAUGGUGACAUUCCAGCACUAGCCUCUGAUCCCAGUUUUGCCAAGAACUGGAUCAACACGAACGUGCUCCCCUUCUAUCCAGCUUCCAAAAUCAUCCUCAUCAAUGUUGGAAACGAGGUGAUGACUUCCGGUGACCAGAAUCUCAUGAACAAGCUCUUACCAGCCAUGCAAAAUGUACAGAAUGCUCUAAAUGAUGUGUCGCUCGGGGGGGAAAUUAAGGUCUCUACUGUUCACUCGAUGGGAGUGCUUAAGCAGUCGGAGCCGCCUUCUUCUGGAAGUUUUGAUCCAAGCUAUGAGGAUUUGAUGAAGGGCUUGUUGGGGUUUAACAAUGCGACUGCUUCGCCUUUUGCCAUCAAUCCCUACCCUUACUUUGCUUACAGAAGCGAUACAAGGCCCGAGACUCUUGCUUUUUGCCUUUUCCAGCAGAAUGCGGGACGGGUGGACGGAAACACUAAGAUUAAGUACAUGAACAUGUUUGAUGCUCAGGUUGAUGCAGUUUUUUCUGCACUGAAUUCUAUUGGAUUUAAGAAUGUAGAGAUUGUGGUGGCUGAGACUGGAUGGCCAUACAAAGGAGAUGACAACGAAAUAGGGCCAAGUAUUGAGAACGCCAAGGCUUAUAAUGGCAAUUUGAUUGCACACCUUCGAUCCAUGGUGGGCACCCCUCUCAUGCCAGGAAAAUCAGUGGAUACAUACCUUUUUGCUCUAUAUGAUGAAGACUUGAAACCUGGACCUGGUUCUGAGCGAUCAUUUGGACUCUUCAAGCCUGAUCUCACCAUGGCUUAUAAUGUUGGGCUCUCUAAAAGUAGCCAGACUCCGGCUACACCAAAAACUCCAACGAACCCAUCUCCAACGUCGAAGAAAGCAACAUGGUGUGUGCCUAAGUCUGGUGUAUCGGAUGCCCAAUUGCAGGAUAAUCUGGAUUAUGCUUGUGGACGAGGGAUUGACUGUAGUCCGAUCGAACCAGGCGGGGCUUGCUUUGAACCAAACACACUAGCAUCACAUGCUGCUUAUGCCAUGAAUCUCUUCUAUCAAGCUUCUGAUAAAAAUCCUUUGAACUGUGAUUUCUCACAAUCAGCCACUCUCUCGUCCAACAACCCCAGUUAUAAUGCUUGCACUUACCCCAGUGGCAGUGGAAGCAACUGAAUAGUAAGUCUUUUAGGGUGAUGGCGCUUUAUGGUUUGUGCUGUUCUUAUGCCCACUGCAAGUGGAGAAGGCAUCAUCUUUUUUUAGUAAAUUAUGGGAUAUUAUAUAUAUGAGGUUACGAAGAAA